GGAAUUCCAGAAAGUAUAAAUGCUGUGUCAAUUUACACGAGUUACAGAAUGGGUAAUACAUCCAUCAAUAACGCGAUACUUAACAAGAUGCUGUGCAGUACGUUAUUCGUUCUACUUUUUUCAAGCGUGCUAAUCGGUUCGUUAACAAGAGCGGAUAGCCCAUUAGUCAUCAAUGUGGAGACUCUAGAAAUUACAAAUAAACCAAACGAUUAUAUGGGCGACUGGUCGGGUAUGAUUCAUAAGAAUGAUCCUGAGAAUACAAUUUCACUGAAGAUGAUUAUCAAAUCCACUGUACCAGACAAUAUGAUGGUAAAAUUGACAGUGAAUAUCGGCGGAACAGACAUGCCUGAAAGCACUACUACUCUUUGUGGCACAAUGAGUGACAAAGUUAUUGUAGCUGGUAUUCUGGAAGUCGGUAAACCAGAGGAUACAUUUCCUAAAGAGUGUCCAAUCGAGGAAGGGGUAUAUGAAGUGAUAGAAUACCAUAUCAAGAAAGACAAUAUACCGUCCACCUUGCCUGAUGGAAAACUAGUAGGACAUAUAGAAAUAUAUAUGCCUGGAGAAGGACCAAUAGUGAAGAUUGAUUUUCAAGGAGAUAUAAGUCAUAAGAUGCCAAGCAUGGGAUAAACUGCAUAAUUAAUUACCGAUAAGAGAAGUUUAGUUGGGUUGUGACGACAAUAACAGAUUGAAGGGCCUUUUUCUUAUUGUUCAAAACGUAGAAGAGUCCUCUGAGAGUGGAGUUGAUGCUGUGGGUCGAACAUAUGUUAAUUAAACGUAUAUUCAAUAUGUAAUUUAUAUUAUUCCGCAAACUGCUCAGGAAAACUCUCUAAAGGUAUUUUAGUUCACUCUGCACAUUUUAUUGCUUUUUAUUUCGGCUUGUGUACUGCGAAAUGUAAUAAUAAUGAUGUAUAAAUAUUUCGGGCAUUCUUA